CCCGUUGCCCCCCCAGCCGUGCCGGCGCUGCCGUGCGCCGCCGUGUCACCGCGCGACUGCCACGACGUGCACGCGGGGGGGGCGCAGAGCGACGGCGUCUACCUGGUGUAUCCCAUGGGGCCCGGCCUCCCGGUGCCCGUCUACUGCGACAUGAGCACGGACGGACACGUCUGGACGGUGUUCCAGAAGCGUUUCAACGGCUCCGUCAGUUUCUUCCGGGGUUGGAACGAUUAUCGCUACGGCUUCGGGCGCGCCGACGGCGAGUAUUGGCUGGGUGAGGUCACGUGACACCCCUGGGAGCCCACCCGCACCCAUCGGCACCCAUGGGCACCCAUAGAACCCAUCGGCACCCAUUGGAUCCCAUUGGAUCCCAUAGAACCCAUGGGAAUCCAUCAGCACCCAUUGGAUUCCAUUGGAUCCCAUUGGCACCCAUAGAACCCAUGGGCACCCAUGGGAACCCAUCGGCACCCAUUGGAUCCCAUUGGCACCCAUAGAACCCAUUGGAUCCCAUUGGCACCCAUCGGCACCCAUAGAA